AUGAUGAAGUUUUCUUCUCUUCUCCUCUUGGUUUUCCUGGUGUCCACUUUUGCGCACUGUGAAUCAUUGCUCUGCUAUUCUGGAUUUGAAGGAGCUAUGGAGAUCGAAUCUGGCUUUGAUUACUGUUACGACACCAUCGACUUUGAUUCUCGUGAAGUUGUCUACGACGGCCACAAAGGACAUAAUCAUAUAUUUAAUGAAACCCGACCAAUAGAAAUGGAAGACGGACCAUGUUUCAUUAACUACGAGAAACAGACCGUCGCUACUUACUGCUACUGUACCGACUCACUGUGCAACGUACCAAGAAGAACACGGCGUCUGGUACAAUCGACUUAUCUUCUCAGUCUUCUCGAGGAAUAUCAUGCAAAACAUCGUGGUUAA